AUGUCGCAACAUCGAAAGGCAGUAGACAUGCAAUGGGAAGCGGACUUGCAGAAGGCCAUAGCUGCGUCGCAAGAGACAGCAAUGCAGGAAGGAGUGCCAAUGUCGCCGCAAACAGAAGUCUUGGAGUGUCCUUCGACUCCAACACCAAAGUCUUCAUCGUAUAAGGAAAGGAAAGUCUGUGGGAAGAAAUCUGCUUCUCGAAAAAACGAAUAUGAGAUAGACUCUACCGUUAACACCGCCUCCCCAAAUUUCCUAAGGUCGACCCUAGGACGCAUCGGAAAGCAAAGCCUCCAAGAGAUGAUUGAAGACGAGUACAUUGAUCAGGAUCAACGAUCUGAGGGUGGUAUCUCCACAGCUUUCAGCCAGACUGUAACUCCAAGGAAGAAAUGGGACCCCUUCAGACACAAGCGACGAGAAAGAUUCAAGGCGUCGCGUCGGAUCCCACAGAUACGCUCUCCUUCGCCACCGAGGGGGUUUUGUACUCAGGAGCAAUAUGCUGAUGCCGAGCGGCAAGCAAGAUUGAAUGCCCGUUAUUUUCUUGCACGACUGCCGCCUGGGAGAAGAGUGGAAUAUGGGUGGAUGCCCGCAGAAUACAAAUACUCUGAGAACGGUCACCGGUACCAAUUAGAUGAAGAGUGGGAGACUUUGGGCGGUAGGGUGGUAUAUGUGGAUGUUGAGAUGGAAUGCCGGAGGAGAGGAUAUAGACCAAAAGAGGAAGUAUAUGUGGAAAGCGAGGCAGUCAAGGAGGCCAGAGCUUGUGCAAUGCAGUGA